AUGCUGCUCACAGGUAGUGAUGAAGCCCUGGUGCAGAAACUGCUUCUAGCUCUGAACAAAAGGUUCUUCAUGAAAGACCUCGGACCUCCCAAAUACUUCUUGGGAAUUGAAAUAAAAUCGUAUGAUGGAGGAAUGUUCCUGCACCAGUUGUCCUAUGCAAAGGAUAUCCUCCAUGCUGCUGCUAUGUCUGACUGUAGCCCAAUGCCCACACCACUUCCUCAAGACAUCGACAAUCUCAACUCAGACUUGUUUCCUGAGCCAACAUACUUCAAAAGCCUUGCAGGGAAGCUUCAAUACUUGACUAUCACCAGGCCAGACAUUCAAUUCGCUGUCAACUUCGUAUGUCAAAGAAUGCAUCAACCAACAGUGUCAGACUUUGGUCUCUUGAAGCGGAUACUACGAUACCUGAAAGGCACAAUCAAUUUAGGUCUCCACAUCAGAAAACAUCAAGAUACGAGUCUGACAGCUUAUUGCGAUAGUGAUUAUGGUGGUUGCAAAGAAACUAGAAGGUCUACAUCAGGGUUCUGUACGAUGAUGGGUCCUAAUCUUCUAUCUUGGUCAGCGAAAAGACAACAAACGGUCUCAAAAUCAUCUAAUGAGGCAGAAUACAGAACCCUUACCUUGACUGCGCAAGAACUCACAUGGUUGUCGGCUCUCCACCGAGAUCUGGGAAUUGCUCAAACCAAAUCAACGCUCCUUCAGUGUGACAAUCUGUCAGCAGUAUAUCUCAGCGCGAACCCAGCUUUCCACAACCGAUCCAAACAUUUCGACACCGAUUGGCACUAUAUCCGGGAGCAGGUGGCGUUAGGUCUGAUCGAGACGAAACACAUGCCGGCGACGGAACAACUGGCCGACAUCUUCACGAAACCACUAGCUCGGCUACCAUUCGUCAAACUCAGAGACAAACUCGGUGUCGGAGAAUUCGAGGUCGGAACAUUCUCCACGCCGAGUUUGCGGGGGGAUAUUGGUAAACAAGGCCCAUUGAAAUCAGGCCCACUCGAAUCAAAGCCCACAGUCACAAUACAGAAACUGCCAAAGUCUAAAGAUGCUCCUGCAACAAAGAGAAGAGAGCCGUUAGUCCUUAGUAACAAAUAUGAUCCCCUAGAGUUAAUUAACCCUGGUUAA